GUUUCGGAAAUAAAUAACCUAACCUCCUCGAAAAAGCGCGGAACAAGGUAAGUAAAGAAAAGGCAAAAAGAAUCUCUUCCAGCGCAGUAACUAUCCUCACUGUCAAUAAUUUUGUUCUUUACCUGUCUUUCAUUUUAUUUCAACUCUCUUCUUCUUCUCAUACUCAUUCAACAAGACCCAGUAUCACUCUUACCCAACACAACACGUGCAAUCUCAACCUCACAUGCUUCUUACUUCUUAGUAGUACUAUUUAUUAUAUUUAUAUUCCUUAUUCUUAACCUUAGCAUCUGAAAUUAAAAUAAUCAUGGGUGGCAAUGGAAAACACAGGUGGAAAAUCUCCUUCCAUCGUUCUUCUUCAUCUCCCUCUAAAUCUAAACCCCUUCAACCUCCCAAUGAGUUUCUAUGCCCUAUCACCGGGUCAUUAAUGUCCGACCCGGUUGUCGUCUCCUCGGGUCAAACCUUCGAACGUCUCUCCGUUCAAGUAUGCCAAGAUUUAAAAUUCUCCCCACUCCUAGAAGACGGGUCCCGACCCGAUUUCUCAACCAUCAUCACCAACUUAGCCAUCAAAAAAACCAUACUCAACUGGUGCAACAAAUCUCAUACCCAGCACCCGCCCACACCGGAUUACGACUCCAUCGAGAAGGUUGUAACAGAAAAAAUAGCGGCGGCCGCGGCGGAGAAGGAAGAACCGGUUAGGGUUUCUGAAACGGAGCUGCUCAACGCGGUGGCGGAUAACCCGCCGAUGAUAUACUCCCACGCUGCUACUGAGGUAGGGCCACGUGUCAACCAUUUCAACUCAGGUUCUUCAUCUGAGGAAUCGGUGAUAAUCCCGUCGAGUCCAGAGACGCCUUUACCUUUCACUGUUCGUCCAACGUGUUUCUCGCCUUCUUCAUCUUCGUCCUUCGAGAUCGAAGUUCAAAACCCUAACGUUCCUGUUUCGGAAGAAGAGGAAAUCCUAUUGAAGAAGCUGAAGAGCAACGAGGUUUUCGAACAAGAACAAGGUGUGAUUUCUCUCAGGAGCAUCACGAGGAGUAAAGAAGAAGCUAGGGUUUCGUUAUGCACACCGCGGAUUUUGUCGUCGCUGCGUUCUCUGAUUGAGUCGCGUUAUGUUGUGGUUCAGGUCAACGCUGUUGCUUCAUUGGUCAACCUUUCGCUUGAGAAAUCGAACAAGAUGAGGAUUGUGAGGUCGGGAUUUGUUCCGUUUCUGAUUGAUGUGUUGAAGGGAGGAUCCAGUGAGGCGCAGGAGCACGCCGCGGGUGCGAUAUUUAGUUUGGCUUUGGAUGAUGAUAACAAGAUGGCGAUUGGAGUUCUUGGCGCGUUGCAGCCGCUUAUGCACGCGAUGAGGUCUGAAUCGAAGCAGACUCGCCAUGACUCUGCCCUUGCACUUUAUCACUUGACAUUGGUUCAGAGUAACAGAGUCAAGCUUGUGAAACUCGGGGUGGUCCCGACUUUGAUUUCGAUGGUGAUGACAGGGACAAUGGCUAGUCGGAUUUUGUUGAUUCUGUGUAAUCUAGCUAUGUGCGUGGAGGGAAGAACGGCCAUGCUUGACGCCAAUGCGGUGGAGUGUCUGGUGAGUUUGUUGAGAGGAAACGAGUUGGACUCAGAGGCGACUCGGGAGAAUUGUGUUGCUGCUUUGUAUGCGUUGAGUCAUGGGAGCUUGAGGUUUAAAGGGUUGGCGAAGGAAGCGAAAGCUGUGGAGGUUUUAAGGGUUAUUGAAGAAACCGGGACAGAGAGGGCGAGGGAGAAGGCCAAAAGGGUGUUGCAGAAGAUGAGGGGUUUUGAAGAUGGUGAUGACGAUGACGGUGAGUUUGAUAGUCUUUUUGAAUCGGGUGGAUUGAGUCGAGCUCGUUACCGAGUUGCUGCAGCUAGGAACAACAACCUUAUCAAUUCAACUACAUUUUAGGUAUCUCAUUUGGAUUUUUCCUAUUUAUUUUUUUCAAAGGUUUAAAUUUGCUGGUAUAGGUUCUUUAGGAAAAGGCUUGAAUUGAAAAAGUGGGUGGUUCUGAAAUGUGAAUUAGUUUAUUGGUGUUGUUGGUUUUGGGUUGUAAAUCAUGGAGGUGGCCAAUUCAAACUUGCUAUUUGAUUAGUUGUUUGUAGCCUUGUGUGUACAUAAUUAUAUAUUAGUACAUUGUUUACUUUUGGUUCACAUACAAAAAUCACAGAAACAUGUUUGUCUUUGGUUCC